UGCGCCCGCUGGUUCCAGUGCUUGCAUCGGAGUCCAACAGUUGGAGCAUUUCUGUCGGAGCCUCGCAGCGUUGCGGUUGUACCUGCGCUCCAGUUACAGCUCCAGGCUUUGCCUACCGCUGGCUCAGUGCGCGAGAAGUUGUGCACAGGUCUCGGCGCCAAUUCCCGACAAUGGGCAACUCCUGCUUUGGCUUCAAGGAAAAGCUGAUGCAGCGGCUGCGGCCUCUGCCCACUCUGCUGAUCAUUCGCGCCUUCGUUCCGCAGAGGAGGAACAAAGAUUACUGCGUGGUGAUCCUCGGCUCCGCGGGCGUCGGCAAGAGUGCACUGGUGAAGAGAUGGGUGCGCGGCAACUUUCGUGACAAGUACGUACCAACUACGGAAGAUACCUACCACCAGGUGCCGGGCGGCAAUCGCGGCACGGCCACGCUGCAUAUUACCGACACGGCUGGCGGUCACCGCCACCCGGGCUUGCAGCGCCUCGCCAUCGCCAGGGGCCAUGCCUUCAUUCUGGUCUACUCGGUCACCAAGAAGCAAACCCUGGAGGAGCUGAAGCCCUUCUACGAGCUGAUCCGCGAGAUCAAAGGUAGAAACCUGCGUAAGUACCCUAUCGUGCUGGUCGGCAACAAAUGCGAUGACAGCCGCCGCCGGGAGCUGACGGUGAGGGAUGGUGUUGCCUACGCGAUGGAGUGGAAUUGCGCCUUCAUGGAGACCUCUGCGAAGACGGAUGUCAAUGUGCAGGAGCUGUUUCACAUGCUGCUGAACCACGCCAAGAAGCCCACCACCUGCCUCCAGCCUACCCAGAAGAAAUCGCAGAUGCCCAAGGUCGCUGAGAAGUUGCUUGGCAAGUGCAUCAUCAUGUGAGCCUGGGUCUUAGGAGCCUGACCUUCUUGUCCCGCAGUGUGCAGAAAAUGUGGACCAAUGCCAGUGUUAUGUGUCACCUGUACAUGACUGACUUGUGCUGUGGUUUGGAUUGUAAUCGCUAGACAUCAAUAAAUGUCCCUUGUAAGUUAAUAAUAUUUCUUUUUCCCAGGCAAGAGAGUUCCAACUGCUGUUACACUGAUAUUGCAGGAGGAGGGGGAGAAAAGGAGCACGAUGCAUUUAAGGCAUAAGACUUGACAGACUUCAGAGAUUAAUGUUUGGAAAAAAGAAUGAAAUAGUAAAAUGAGUUGAAAGAUGUUACCGGCCUUCUUGUAACCCUAUCAUCAUGUAUUAUUUUUAAACAUGUCAAGUCCUGUAAAUGCCUAAUUACAUCUUUCCAUUGUGUAUGUAAUUGUUAAGAAUUGUGUGUUUGUGACAAAAGCUUUGACAGAUGACUGUGAGAUACAUAUGCUAAACAUGAUAAAUAAAUGAAUAUUCUAUAACUGAGCAUUGAGGGUGGGGGCAGAGAAAAAUGAUGAAAGUGGAACUUGCUAAUGAAAGAUGUGCCAGUUUCCUAAGUAAUUUAAAAAUGUUUGGGCAUUCUGCAUAGCAGUUUUUAAAAAGCAUAACAGUUCCAUGACUUAAUAAAGCUUUUCCUGCAUGCAA